AUGGAAAAAACCGCCAGUCCGGCCGCGCGCAGCGGAACCUCCAAAACCGCGGCGCCCGCCAAAACCCAAAAAGACCAGCCACCGCAGAAAAACGCCGUGGUCAAUGAAAAAGAAAAGAAAAAACAGGCCUUCGUCACCAGAACCAUCUGGUCGUUGGUCAUGCUCUUCGGGUUCUUCGUGCUUCUCCAGUCCGGCCACUUCCCGCUUAUUUUGUUUGUGGUGCUCUGCCAGAUCCUCAUCUUCAAAGAGAUCAUCACCAUGACCUCGGAGCCGGCCCGAGACAAGAACCUCCCCUACAACAAGAUCUUGAACUGGUACUUUUUGAUUGCCACCGUGUACUACUUGGACGGCGAGUCCAUAGUCGGGUUUUUGAACGAGAUCCACGUGUCGUCCAUGUUGGUGUUGUGGUACAAGAACCACAAGAUGGUGUCGUACUCGUUGUAUCUUGCCGGGUUCAUUUUCUUCGUGUCCACCUUGAAAAAGGGCUUCUACAAGUUCCAGUUCGCGCAGUUGUGCGCGUCGCACAUGACCUUGAUCAUUGUGGUGUUCCAGUCGCAUCUCAUCAUCGACAACAUCUUGUCGGGCAUCUUCUGGUUCUUCCUUCCCCUGGCCUUGGUCAUCGUCAACGACAUUUUCGCGUACCUCUGUGGCAUCACCUUUGGCCGCACGCAGUUGAUUGAGAUCUCGCCCAAAAAGACCGUCGAGGGUUUCCUUGGCGCGUGGAUCUGCACGGGCUUUGCGGCCGUGGUCAUCUCGUACUUCUUGUCCAAGUCCGACUACUUGAUCUGCCCUGCCACCAACUUGAACACCACCAUCUACAACUACCCGCACUGCGAGCCCAACCCCGUGUUCAUUUCGCAGUUGUACCAGUUGCCCGCGAACAUCGCGGAGUUGGUGGGCAUGGACGUGAUUUUCUUCAAGCCCGUGUACUUCCACGCGGCGGUGCUUGCCACGUUCGCGUCUUUGAUUGCGCCGUUUGGCGGUUUCUUUGCCAGCGGCUUGAAACGCGCGUUUGGCAUCAAGGAUUUCGGCGACACCAUUCCGGGCCACGGCGGCAUGACCGACCGCUUCGACUGCCAGCUUUUGAUGGGUUCGUUCUCGUACUUGUACCUCCAGACAUUCAUUGCGUCGUCCAACAUCAGCUCGAGCAAGCUCUUGCAAAUGGCUGUCUUCAACUUGACGAACGACCAGAUUCUCCAGUUGGCGAAGGCGCUCUUGAAAUACUUGAAGACCACCGGCACCAUAGACCCCGACACCUUGGAGAGGGUGUUUGAAACAUUGGCCUGA